ACAGUAGACUGCGGGUUCUUCUUCCAAACAAAACAAAACAAAAACUAAAGUUAAAAUUUGUUUGCAAAUAAAAAUUCUUCUAUCCUUCAAGGUGCUUUUCUAGCAGAAUGAGCAAAAAUCAGGGUCGUAGAUCGACAAGAUCCUCAAAACGGUUUAAACCAAGUCCAGAAGAGGUGCAAACCAUUGAAGUAAAGCUGGAAGAAGUUGAUACUGAACCGGACUUUUGUCGAAUCUGUCUACGUGUUCCACUCACAGAUUCAGAUCUUCAGCAAAUAUCCCCGGAACAUAAGUCAAAAUUGCAGGACACAAUGAAGCUGAAGAUCCGCAAGGACUCGAGCCAGCAAAUCUGUUCAAACUGUUCAAACUUGCUGGACAUAAUUGUCGAUUUCAAAGCAUCCGUACUAAGAGCAAACCAGGUUCUAUUGACCAGUGGAAGGCACCUGUCCGCAGUUCAUGACGAGUGGUUCCAUUCGAGCACCGUACAGGUAAUUGCUCAAUGUAAAACAGCGGUCGAAAUUCAUCGACAACUUGUCGAAUCGGCCUGCGAACCUCGCGAUACAAAAGACGACAAACCGGAGCUUCCGGAUGAGCCGGAAGAUUGUCCAGAGCCCUUGACAGAAAAUCCAGAAGUUGUGGAAAUUAAAGUCGAGCCCUUCAAAGAGCCAGAUUCGGUCAGCAAUGUCGACGAUCAGUCACAAAAUGACGAUGACGAGGACGAUGAAGACGAAGACGGAGAUUUUGCAAGUGACGAGGAUUAUGUCCACGUGCCGAAGAAACAAACCACAAAGAAUAGAAAGCCGCGUCGUCGAAAGGAAAAUCCCAAGUUCCAGCCCCAACUUUGCACACUGUGCGGGAAAUGUGUGUGUGGAGAAGCGGCCGAAGCUCACCGGAAUCAGCACCUGGGUAUUAAACCGUAUCGCUGCUCUACGGAGGGAUGUAACUUGGAAUUUUUUGGUCCCUACCACAAAACCCGUCACGAGCGCCGGAUGCAUGGCGAGAAGGGAGUUUUGACGCAUAAGUGCCACAUUUGCGGAAAGAUGAUCCGUGGCCCAAACGGUGCGCUGAAAUACCAUCUCUCUCUGCACGGAACAAGCGAGAAAAAGUUUGUCUGCACAAUCUGCGGCAAGGGAUUUGCCCUGCAGCGCUAUCUACGACAGCACGGAAUGACCCAUUCCGAGGAGUUCCCGUAUGCUUGCAGUUACUGCGGAAAGAGAUUCAACAACAAGUGGUCAAUGCGAACGCACGAAAAGAACAUGCACGAAAAACGCAACCAACCCCAGCUGCCGGAAGCGGAGCAUACCGGUGGUAAGGAAUUGGAGGCGACAGCCACCGAAACGACCUGGACUAGCACGGAAAACAUGGAGCUGAUGAAUUUGAAUGGAGAGUAAGCGAUAGUGGAGACAUUAAGAUUCGAAUACAACAAUACAAUACCAGUGUCAAAUCCGUA